AAUUUAUUUUCGAUAUUUUGUAAAUUGUAUUCGUCUCUAAUUUGUGGCGCAAAUUUUUCGCUCGUUUUUUUAUCUAUGAAUAAUACCAAUGAAUUGCCAGUCAAAGUAAAGAGUAAUUUACCAUUUAUUACGAUCAUAAGAUGAGUUCAAAAUUCAAAAGGGAAACCCGAUAAAAUUUACGAUGCCUUUCUUAAAAGUAAUUAAAGAAUCAUACACAAAGCGACAAAUAGAAAAUUCAAAAAGGAAUGGUUUGCGACAUAAAAUUUUUAGCCCCAAAACUAAAGGACUUUUCAAAGGUUAUUAUGUAGGUGAAUGGAAGAACGAUGUAAAAGAAGGGAAGGGUAGAGAGUUGAACAGAAAUGGAUGGACGUACGAUGGUAGCUGGUUGAAUAAUAAAAAGCAUGGUUGCGGUAUUUUGAGCAAAAUUUCAACGGAAGACCAUGUUAUUCGCCGACAUUACAUUGGCGGUUGGGUAGCUGGGAAAAAAGAAGGAUUCGGACAUACCUGGUUUAAGGAUGGUAGUUAUUACGAGGGUGAUUUUUGUCGAAACAAACGACACGGCUACGGUCGUAUGUGGUAUUGUAAUGGAGAUUAUUAUGAAGGAGCUUGGAAAGAUGAUCUUUAUCAUGGCAUGGGAAUGCUUAUUAAAGACAAUGGUAACAGAUACGAAGGGCUAUUUUUCAAAGGCAAGAAAGAAGGUUACGGCACAUACUAUCACAUAGUCACUGGCCAGAUACAAUAUGGUUACUGGACCAAAGAUUGUUUCACAAAUGGGACCAUGGUGGACGCUGAUUUCCGACAAUCCGCGAUUCGUCCAACGCCAUACCCGAUGCCACAAAUUGAACUGAUGACGCACGUUGACAAAUCACAAGAUACUUGCGAAAUCUCAGGCGAUAAUAAUAACGUCACAGAACUGAUAUCCGUCGAACGUUCCUGCAAGAGACCUCCGAAACGGAUAGUUCCGAAUUAUUGCGUUUCUGUGAACACUUGUCCCUGUUUAGAUACAUAUUUACAAACAAACACUUUACGGUAA